AGUAUUAAUGAAACAGCUGCUUGCAUUGGAAAGAGAAUAUCAACCAACUGUGACACUUCAUGUAUUUUAAUGGUUUGUAAUGACACUGUAUUACAGCAGCAGGAUGAUUCAUUAUCAUUAAAGAUGUUUACUUGUUCCGAUGCUUCCAGUGGUGUCUGGAGAGAACAGAAAGAAUUGUCAGUGAUCAAUGGUGAUCAAACCAUACCAGCUGUUAAGAAACUGAUAUUCAACGGAGUCUAUAAGAAACUGAUUGACUUUGACAAUCACCUGGAGAAUGUUAAUGAUGACUGGACUAACACUGACAUUAAUAAAGCUAUUGAAGGAAUAUAAAGUAACCAAUCAAUUAAU